AUGUUUGAAAAAUUUUUCUUGCUCUUCGCCUUCGUGUGUACAGUAUCAGCCGAGUUGGGUUGCCCAGAUGGGUGGACGCUGGGCAAGGGGACCGACAAAUGCUACAAGCUCCUUGCGGGCCUGAUGGACUACGACAAAUCGGAGGCUGCCUGCAAGGCACUUUCAGCGGAAUUGUCUAGCAUUCACUCGGAUGCGGAAAAUGCGGCGGUUUAUGCAUACACCGCUAACGGCGCGCACGUUCGACUUGGGGCAAAACGUUUCGGCCCGGGAAAAUACGACUUCAAAUGGAACGACGGAUCCCCGAUGGAUUACAAACGAUUCAACGACCAGUACAUGGACAAUACAGCCGGGAAAGAGGACUGUUUUGACCUAUGGUUUGAGGACCGCUGGAACGACAUCCAUUGCACCGCCCAGGAGAUUGUGGUUUGCCAGAAGCCGGGAAGCCAUGUGUCGUCCGGA